AAUAUGAUCACAUUUUGGCAAACCAUCGCAUUUCUUAUAAUUAGCUAUGUUUCCUGUGUUGCGGUACACCUUGUCAAGUUGCUUCUUUUUAGGGAUCGGAACAGUGAAUCUCUGUGGCCAAAAAAUCGAUGCAAACCCGUCAAAACCUUGAUCAUAAUGGGAUCAGGUGGACAUACCGGUGAAAUGGUGCGUCUCCUUUCGACGCUCGAUUUUCUCCGCUUUUCUCCUAGACUUUAUCUGGUUGCAAGAACAGAUGACAUGAGUGCCAAACGGGUGCAACAUCUGGAAUGUAGUCAUGACAGGAGCACAGCUGACAUGUUUCAAACAGUCACCAUUUCUAGGACCAGAGAAGUUCAUCAGUCUUGGAUCACCACCAUUGUAUCAUUCUUACAGUCAACUUUGGAAUGUCUAAGAAUACUCUUUUAUUACCAGCCGGAUUUAAUCUUGUGCAAUGGUCCUGGCACGUGCGUUCCACCAUGUAUUGUUGCUUUGCUCCUAAGAGUUUUAUGGAUCAAGCACUCUACAAUCGUCUUCGUCGAGAGUAUCUGCAGGGUAAACACAUUGUCCUUAACGGGAAAACUCAUGUAUUAUUUCUUGGCCGAUCGCUCCAUCGUCCAGUGGCCAGAACUGCAUGCAAAAUACCCGCAAACCGUUUUUCUUGGACGACUAGUUUAAAUCCUAGCAUUUUACAUUCACUAUAUAUUUUCCCUUGGCACGCCGGUGCAUCUGUAUGGUGUUGCGCAAUCUCGAUCAGCUUCUGUUUAGACGACCGAAAUUUUUGCAGUCUCCAGCUGCAGUCUGCUACUUCAGUUUCUUGACGUUUCAAGGGCAAUUGGUUCUGGAUAGGGAUCACCAAAGCCAUAGCAGCUGUAACCGGCUGUCACUAAGGCGCGCCUUGGUUACAGAAUACAAUUUCCGAACCAAUUGAAUGGACUUUGAUAUACUGACGUAGAGGGAAGUGAUAUUCAGGAGCUACUAAGAGCUUCGAGUAAU